AUGCACAUUCUCUUAACUAACGACGACGGGCCCCCGUCCCCGCACUCCUCGCCGUAUAUUCGCUGCCUCGUGGACAGCCUUCAAAAGGCAGGCCACACGGUUUCGGUAUGCCUCCCACAUACGCAGCGGUCCUGGAUUGGCAAGGCGCACAUGAUCGGUCAGACUGUGAAGCCGCUGUACUACCGGCCGAGUGAGGCCAUAUACGGCGAGGAAGCGCAGGGGACUACGCACUUUAAGCCCUCGCGCGACGGCAACGUCGAGGAGUGGAUCCUAGUCGACGGGACUCCAGCCUCGUGCGUGCAAAUUGGCCUACAUCACUUCUUCCAGGAGCGCGGGCCUAUUGACCUUGUGGUUUCGGGUCCCAACUACGGCCGCAACUCGACUGCGGUGUUCGCGUUGAGCUCGGGCACCCUAGGCGCCGCGCUCGAGGCCGCGGCGUGCGGGCAAAAGGCCAUCGCGCUGAGCUUUGCCUUCUUCUCGCGGAACCACGACCCCGUCAUCAUCGAUGGCGCGUGCAGGCAUAGCCUUGAUCUGUACACGGUCAACGUGCCUCUUGUCGAGGGCGUCGAGGAGCACAAGACGGUGUGGACGGAGAUGCUUCAGAACUACUGGACUGGCGGCAGCUGCUUCCAGGAGGUUGAAGGGAGCAUUGGUGACGAAGACGAGGAGGAGGAGAGGAUACGUGAGGGCGUGACUGGGGAGGUCGCGGCCAAGCCCGGCAAGGACCCCAAACCUAGUUCCGUUCCCGGACACACACACAAACACUUCAAGUGGGCGCCUAGGUUCGGAGACGUGUACAAGAGCCAUUACGCCCUCAAAGCAAACUUUUGGCAGGCCGCGACGCAUCUUCACGGCAAGGAGCUGGAACUUCCACCACCGGCUCCCAGGCCGGACGUCCUUGAGAACCCGGGGACCGGCUCGGUGCAGCAUCUUACCGGCAAGACGAACUCCACAGAGACGAUAUACGCCAUCGUGGCGUACGAGGAUCCAUAUGUGCAGCCCCUCAUCUUAGACGCGAUAUCGAGUCUCUUCCCGAAUAUAAACGUCCUGUCGACGCUGGCGCCGACGUCGAACGAUGGCGAGCCGAAUCUCGGAAGCUACUUGCCUACGCCAGCGGUCAAGGUCCUUAAUAUUACAUCCUACGAGGCCAUCGACUUUAGUUUCGCACAGGAGCAUCGGCAGACUUGCCUCAUCAACAGCUACGCUAUACGCAAGGCACUCAUCCGCAAACACUUCCUAUCGACGACGGUGGAUAUUUGGGUCUCGAAGCGACCCAGGAGCGUGCUCCGAGAGCACGUCAAGAGAAGCGAAGCGUUUGAAGUAGACUAUGCCGAGUUCCUAGACGACGCGCUCGUCGAAGCAUGGGACCUCAGAGAAAGCAUGGAGAAGAACGAGGAGGGGCAGGGGCAGGAAGAGGAUGGCGAGACGGUCGGCUCGAGGGCUGGAGAGGACGGGAGCGGCGGGAACCAUGACGAUGACGACGACGGUGGCGGUGAAGGCAAGGAAGCGGAAGAAAAGUCAGCUCGUCGCCGCGAGUGGUGGAUCCUCAAGCCGUCCAUGAGUGAUCGUGGGCAGGGCAUCAGGCUAUUUAGCACGAUGGCGGAGCUACAGUCUAUUUUCGACGGCUGGGAAGAAAACAUGCCCUCGUCGGAUGACGAGGAUGAAGAUGAUGACGCGCACUCGACGGAUGCGACUGGCGGGGACGAGACCGGCGAUUACAUCACGACGUCUCACCUCCGCCACUUUGUCGCGCAACCCUACAUCCACCCUCCUCUUCUCGUCAACGGGCGCAAGUUCCACAUCCGGACCUACGUUCUCUGUAACGGUCGUCUCGAUGUCUACGUCUACAGGCAAAUGCUAGCCCUCUUCGCAGCCAAAGACUACGCGGCGCCGUGGGAGGAGGAUGACCUGGACAAGCACCUCACUAAUACAUGCCUCCAGGGGCCUGGAUCGUCGCCGUCGUCCGUGCAGCUCUGGAACACGUUACCCAUCGACGAUAUACUCAAGACCAGCGUGGAGCAGCAGAUCUUCGAGGUGGUGGGAGAUUUAUUCGAGGCGGCCGCUGUGGGCAUGCCAAUCCACUUCCAGCCGCUAGGUAACGGGUUCGAGGUGUACGGGCUAGAUUUCCUCGUAGACGAGACGGGCACGACGUGGCUGCUCGAGGUCAACGCGUUCCCAGACUUCAAGCAAACCGGGGGCCAGCUCAAGCGGGUGGUGGCCGGAUUCUGGGAGCAGGUGGUGAGGGUGUCGGUGGGCUCCUUCUUCGGCGUAGAGCCCAAGGCGGGGUCAUCGGGCUCUAGGUCGGGGGCUGAGGCGGCGGGUGACGAAAAGAAGAAGGAGGAGGAUCUGGUCCUCGUCAGGAAGAUUGACCUACCUGGGAUGUAA